GCAGUCACAGCGUGUGCGUGUGCGUGAGUGUGUGUGUGUGUAGAGAGAUAGAAAAGGGGCUCAACAUGGAGACAAGAUUAGGCGAACACUGUGUACCAGUACCGAUGUUCAGCUGAAGAACCCCCACCUGCCUCCCACCCGACCCGACCACUACCACGGGAUAAUUCUUAGCAUUAUUAGCAUUACUGUUAUGAUCAUAAUGCCCAGCGCCAACGUGUCCGUGCGAAGUUUAUCCGAAGUGGAGAAAUACCUCAGCAGCCGGAUGGUGAGUAUCAUGACCGGAGUACUGAGGGAAGUUCCCUGAGCAUAUCCGGGUCAAUGCGUCGUGGUUCCUCAGAGAACAAUCUGGACCUUGAGGUGAGUGAAGGAAGUCCCGGUACUGCUCCGGGCUUCGAGGUCCAGCGUAGUCGUUCUUGCUUGGACGACCUCCAGCAAAAGAUCCUGAAAGUCACGGAGCAGCUGAAGAUAGAGCAAACUGCCCGGGACGAAAACGUGGCCGAGUACCUGAAGCUCGUGAACAGUGCGGACAAGCUGCACGUCGGUCGCAUCAAGCAAGUCUUUGAGAAGAAGAACCAGAAGUCGGCUCAGAACAUUGCCCAGAUGCAAAAGAAGCUGGAGCAGUACCAUCGAAAGAUGAAAGACAGCGAAGUCCACCACAGCCCGUCCCCGCGCACGUCCACCGUCAAACACGUCACCUUACCCAGGGAGUCUCCCAGGGAGCUGCUGAGAGACAUGACCGGCAGUGGCCGACACCCGACCAUGGACAAGAUCAAGACCAUCGGCCCGGGGGUGUCGCUCUCCCCUCCUUUCUUCUUCAGCAAGCCCAGAGAGUUCGCCAACCUCAUCAGGAACCGGUUCGGCAGCGCUGACAACAUCUCCCACCUCAAGACCACGCUGGACGCGUCCUCUCCGCUGCCCACCGACAGUGCGGGAAAGGGGCUGAGCAGCAGCACCUCGAUGGUGGGCAAGCCCAAGGAUCUCAGCGACGAUGAGUGCUCCUCGGGUAGCGCCUCCAUCUCAGCAGACAGUAACGGGAACCCGAUGGGGGGAGGGGUGACAGCAGAGCCGGUGCCGGGCCAGCAGGCCAAGGGAGACGGCCAGGUCGGACUCGCAAUGAGCCUGGAGGAGGUCAGGGAGAUCAAAGAGGCCCAGAGUCAGCUGGAGGAAGACAUGGAGGAGGUAAAGGCUCAGUUCAAGAGAGACUAUGGCAUCAUCAGCCAAACACUGCAGGAUGAGAGAUACAGGUACGACCGUUUAGAAGACCAACUAAGCGACCUGACAGAGCUUCACCAACAUGAGUUGACUUAUCUGAAGCAGGAGCUGGCCAGCAUUGAGGAGAGGGUAACCUACCAGGCUCACGAAAGGGCCAGGGACAUUCAGGAGGCCCUGGAGUCGUGUCAGACUCGGGUAUCCAAGCUGGAGAUCCAGCAGCAGCAGCAGCAGCAGACGGUCCAGAUUGAGAGCCGUGACGCCCGAGUGCUGCUGGGCAAGUGCAUCAACAUCAUGCUGGCCAUCAUUACCGUCAUCCUGGUGUGCGUCUCCACUGCGGCCAAGUUCGCGGCUCCAAUGAUGAGGAGCCGGCACCACGUAGUAGCCACCUUCCUGGGAGUUUGUUUUUUGACCAUCUUCUGGAAGAACUGGGACCGUUUACAGUAUGCCAUAGACCGGCUGCUGGGGCCUGCCUGAGAGUGAAAUAUACUGAUAAUAAUACUGCAGAAACAUGGACGCCUUCUGUUGACAGGAUAGGACUGUCUAAGAGGAUUGGUUGUACAAUCGUCAGAAGACACGAUCGCCACACAUUUACAGUAUUGUUAUUUUUAAAGUUGGACUAAAAUUACAUUUUUAUUGUCAAGAACUUGAAUGUCUGUUGCUAACAAUUUCCAUUUAAACUUUAAAAUAAUAUUUAUAUAACUGCAUUUUUUAACAUCUCCAGGCAUUGCUAUGAAUCUUCUUAAGACAUUAACAGUCGAUUCAAGGUUGGUGAAGAGGAGUACGCACGAGACUCACUUUUCAUUAUUUUUUCUCAUUUUGUUUUAGGUCAAUUUAAAACUGUUGAUAGCACAAACACACGCAUACACACAAACUCAAAACCUUAUGGUUGGUAUCUUGUUUAUGCAGUUAUGCAUUGAGAACCUUUGAAGUAUAGUUUCACAUCUUUGGAAACAAGCCGGUUUGCAUUCUGGUCAAAAGUUUAUGAGGGGCCGUUUAGGA